AUGGGAGGCUUAACACCAUUAAUGGCAAAAACACUGAAGAGGAAGGGACAAAUUGCUGGCAAUGAUACAGAACCUGAGUGGCAAGGGGGCAACGAAGUCCCUGAAACUGACAGUGACAGCAGUUACAUCACUGAUUGUCAAACUGAGACAAAAACAACAGUCUCAAUUACCUCCCUCCUUGAAGACUACUAUAAACCAGGAACACCACAGGGGAAGACAAAAAAAGCCUCCAAACUGAAGAGGCUUGGAGAGUACAUCUAUGAUGAUGAAGAUGGAUGGAUUUUUAGGACCUAUGACCAAAGGCAUGGAGGAACUGAAAUCCCUGAAGAGGAAGUCUUCUGGGCCUCUCCAGAAGAAAGAAAAGAAGAGGCUGAAAAAUAUAAAAAGAGAUAUCAGUAUGAAGCUGAGUGGUAUGAAGAACAAAAUAGAAGAUUCCAGGGCUAUAACUAUAAUGGACCCUCCGGUUAUCAAAUCGCCGGAAACUAUGUCCCUAACGAUGUUAGACUCUUUAACAAACGAGAGCUUACAUCAGACCAUGGUGGACGUAUUGAGGAUGAGGUGGACUUCGAUUCUUGGUUAGAUGAGAAUUUUCUGGCAUUGGACAUGCUGAGAAACAAGUGA